UAGACUGUUACCAGAUUUUCUUGGUUACUAGGUUUGUUGUCAUUAAACUUCACUUCUCCACUUGUGUCAAUUGAAAUGUUUUUAACCAAUUAUUUUGUCUUUUCUCAACCCUUAUACAGCAUAGCAACUGGACUCAUAUUUUUAUUUGUGUUCAAUUUUCUUGUGACAACAAUCAAAAGAUUAUUCCGAUUACCACCUGGACCAUGGGGACUUCCAAUUGUUGGUUAUUAUCCAUUCCUGAAAGACGAAAGUUACCUUCAGUUUGAUUCUUUAUCCAAAAAGUAUGGACCAGUUUAUAGUUUAAAGUUGGGACAACAUGAUGUUGUUGUCAUUUGUGAUUGGGAUCAUCUUAAGUUAGCGUUUGCUGAUGAGUCUCUACUCGCUAAGCCCCAUGAACUGUUUUUUGAAGGAAUAAUCAAAUAUCCGUCUUUCGCUGAGAUGUCUGGGGAUGAUUGGCGCUUUCAUAGACGUGUUUCUUUGCAUGUACUUCGUGAUCUUGGUCUUGGUACGAGUAAAAUGGAAGAGGCUAUAAGAAGGGAAAUCAAACAAUUUUUACCAACCAUUGGUGAGGGUAAAGUUGACUUUUUUACGAAACUAUUACCCAGUGUAUCAAAUAAUAUAUCAAUCCUGCUGUUCGGUCACAACUUUAGCUAUUCGGAUCCAUACAAAAUCGGUUUAGAUGAGAACAUGGAUCGUGUUAACCAAACUUUUCAAUUUGCUGGAUUGAGUACAUUUUUACCUUGGCUUGUCAAAAUAGCGACUGCUCUUGGAAUGUUUCGUGUAAGUGUGAUCUCCAAGCAUGUACAUGCUGUUGAAGAUUUGUUGCAAAAAGAGAUUGAUAAGCAUCAAUCUGAAUCAAGAGUAAAUGAAAUAGAGGAUUACAUUGAUGGUUACUUGGUGGAACAAAAAAAUCGUCAAAAUAAAGACAGAAAUGAUGAAAUGUUUAGCAUGGGAGUUUUAAGACGUAAUUUGACUGCAUUUUUCGCUGCAGGAUCCGAUACUGUCACAAGUACACUAUCAUGGGCAAUGAUGUAUUUGAUUUACUAUCCUGAAUAUCAAGACAAGAUACGAGCUGAAAUAGCCGAUGUUAUUGGAUUUGACAGAGAACCUGUUUAUACGGAUAGGAAUCGAAUGCCUUUCACAAUGGCUUUUCUUUAUGAAGCUCAACGCAUUGGUUCCGUCAUUGCUGUAAAUUUACUUCGUCGAGCUUCAAGAGACACAAAGAUUGGUAAAUACAAUAUUCCCAAAGAUACUAUUGUAAUCUUCAAUUUAUGGAGCAUUCAUCGAGAUCCAAAACUAUGGCCUGAACCAGAAAAAUUUGAUGCCAACCGAUAUCUGUCUGAAGAUGGGAGUAAAGCUAUCAAGCCACCUUACUUGGUUCCCUUUAGUGGAGGUAAAAGGAUCUGUCUCGGUGAAGGCUUAGCCAAUGUUGAAUUAUUCUUGUACCUUGUGAAUAUUUUACAAAGAUAUCAGGUUCGAUACGACCCAAGUAUAAAACUAUCACUCGAAGCAACAUUUGGAGUUUCAAGGCGACCGAAACAUUUGCCUCCUCUUAUUUUUGAAAAAUUGACCAAAUUUUGAAUUUCUGUCAAUUUAAUAUUGUUUCGCUUUUUGUUUAUGAAACUUUGAAAUUCGUUGAUCAUUGGUUGCAUAUCCAGCUACAGUAUUACCUUGCGUUUUUUAUUUCAUGAUUUAAAAUUUUCCAUUUUUUCUGUUCAUAAAACAAUAUUUAACCGAAAAUGCGAAAAGAUUUUUCCGUAUAUUAAUACAAGGGUUCAAAUCAAUUCAUAACUUUUGUGUCACCGUGAAAUCUAAAGAUCGAUAACGUUUUAGGACCUUAUUUUGAUAUAACCAACUCAGGAUUGUUUCUUGUUGUUUCACUAGCCAAGUUUUUAUUGGUAAAAAUGAGUUUCACCUCAUUCUCUAUGAGCCUAGAUCUGCGAAUGAAUUUUCCGUGUAUCGAAGUGGUCCCUUGUACAGAAACAGAAACAGUUACCUCCUGAAACAAAUGUAUUUUCUGAUUGAUCAUCUAUAAAAUCAAUGAAAAAAUUUAUCUCCAAAA